AUGAAGUCGCCAUCGUAUAUUCUUGUUGCGCUUCUUCCCCUUGCUUCUCAGCUAACUGCAGCAACACCGGUUGCGGAACCGCAUUUUGAUUCCCUUGAAGAGCGAGGCGGUGGCAAUGACAAAGGCUACGGAGACCACCGCGGAUACGGCGACACGAACGUUUGUGAGGUCAAGCGAACUUAUCCAUACUACAAGUACCCUUGCGACUCAAGUCCCUCAAACGGCACGUCUCUCCUAGGUGCCACUUUUACCUCUUUUUGCAAGUACCAAAACUCGGAUUCUGGAGUUUGGUACAGCGCCCCAAGAGGGUGGGUCAAAGAAGAAGAUAAGCCUCGAAGGUGCCCUGGCGCGUCGAACCCAUGCCCUGUGUGA